CUGGAAAACUCAUCUCCACUUAAGUUGGAAAAAGCGUUAUGAAUCAGGAAGCUGCCUCUGGAAUGAGGAAGAUGAGGAAACAGGCCCAGAAGGAUAAACUGGUAUACCUAUGCUAGACGUGCAGAUAUCCUGAUGUCCAGCACUGAACGAGAGAGAGAAACACACAGAGGAGCUGAGAGAGAAAGACCAGAAGCUGAAGGCAGUGAUACGUGGGAGACAAGGACUAGCAGACACGGCCAUUUGCAUUCCCAUGUGACAGAGGCAUCCCAGAACACCAGCAGCCUUUCUUCAGGAAGAAGGUAUUGUCCUGUUACUGCCUUGAUUUGGACAUUUUUCACAGCCUCAGAACCUUAAACUUGAGAAAAAUCAGAGGAGGCAUUUGACCAGAGAAGACAAUGCUGGAUAGUUAGGCUUUGGAGAUGAGCAAGUCCUACUUUCCUGUGGAACCAGCCUUAGUUGGCAUCUCUUUCCUGUACAAUUUCAGAUCUGAUAAAGAAGCUGUGAGAUCUUGAGUGUAGUGACAGCAUUGUCCAUGAAGACUUGGCUUCUCUGAUUUUUCCUAUCUGUUUUGGUUCUUAAUUGUCUGGUUGGCCUGUAUGAGAGUGAAAAACCACAGAAAGAGAAUCAACAGCUAAACUAUUGACAAUGCAUCCACUGGAAUCAAUGACCUUCAAAGACAUAGCUGUAGAUUUCACCCAGGAAGAGUGGGCCCUGAUGGACACAUUCCAGAGAAAGCUGUUCAAAGAUGUGAUGCUGGAGACUAUCAAUCAUUUGGUGUCCAUGGGGUAUUGGUUCUGUGUAUCAGAUGUGAUUUCCCAGUUAGAGCAAGGAGAGGAACUGUGGAAUGGACUAUUAGGAUUUCCUGAAGGCCAGAGUUCAGUCAGGGAAUGUGACCUUAGAAAACAAGAAUUAAUAUCCAUGCAAUGUAUCUGGAGGAAUGACACAUCCACCAUCUUAUCAAUGCAGAGAUCUCACACUCAAGAGGAUCCCAUUGAAUGUAAUAAUUCAGAAGAAGAAUUCAUUCACAACUCCGUAUCAACUCAAUGUGUGUCAACUCAAUUUGGAAAGAAAUCCUGUGACAGCAAACAAUUUCAAGACAUUCUCUGUGAUCAGCCAUCCUUUAAUCAAUGUGAACAAAUUCACACUAGGAGUAAAUCACAUGACUGUCAUAUAUGUGGGGAAACCUUCAGAAAAAGUUCUGAUCUUAGGCAACAUGAGAAAACACACACUGCAGGAAAGAAGUAUGGAUGCCGAAUAUGUGGGAAAGCCUUCAAUAAAUCUUCCACCCUCAGACAACAUGAGAGAAUUCACACUGGAGAGAAGCCAUAUGACUGUCAUCUGUGUGGAAAAGCCUUUAAUAAAAGUUUCAACUUAAGACAACAUGAGAGAAUACACACUGGAGAGAAACCAUAUGAAUGCCAUCUAUGUAGGAAAGCUUUCAGUCAAAUAUCUACCCUUAGGCGACACGAGAAAAUCCACGCUGGAGAGAAACCAUAUGAAUGUCAUUUAUGUGGGAAAGCAUCCAGAAAAAGUUUUACCUUUAGAAGACAUGAGAGUACUCACAUUGGAGGAAAUCAAUAUGGGUGUCAAAUAUGUGGGAAAGCCUUCAAUCAGUCUUCCAAAUUUAGACAACAUGAGCGAAUUCACAGAGGAGAGAAUCUAUUUGAAUGCCAUUUAUGUGGAAAAACCUUCAGUCACAGUUCUACCCUUAAACAUCAUGAGAAAACUCACACUGGAGAGAAACCAUACAAAUGUUAUAUAUGUGGAAAAGCCUUCAAUAAAAGUUUCAACUUAAGACAACAUGAGAGAAUUCAUACUGGAGAGAAACCAUAUGAAUGUGAUCUAUGUGGAAAAGCCUUCAAUAAAAUUUUUAACUUAAGACAACAUGAGAGAAUUCACACUGGAGAGAAACCAUAUGAAUGUGAUCUAUGUGGGAAAGCCUUCAGUCAAAUAUCUACCCUUAUUCGACAUGAGAAAAUUCACACUGGAGAGAAACCAUAUGAAUGUCAUUUAUGUGGGGAAGCAUCCAGAAAAUUUUUGCCUUUAGAAGACAUGAGAGAACUCACAUUGGAGGAAAACAAUAUGGGUGUCAAAUAUGUGGGAAAGCCUUCAGUCAAUCUUCUGAAUUUAGACAUGAGAGAAUUCACAGAGGAGAGAAUCCAUUUGAAUACCAUUUAUGUGGAAAAGCCUUCAGUUGCAGUUCUACCCUUAAACAUCAUGAGAAAAUUGACACUGGAGAGAAACCAUACAAAUGUUAUAUAUGUGGGAAAACCUUCAAUAAAAGUUUCAACUUAAGACAGCAUGAGAGAAUUCGUACGGAAGAGAAACCGUAUGAUUGCCAUUUUUGUGGAAAAACCUUCAGUGUAUCUUCUACUCUUAAAAGAAAUGAGAAAAUUCAUGCUGUAGAGAAACCAUAUGAAUGUCAUUUAUGUGGGAAAGCCUUUAGUCUGUAUGCUACCCUUCAAGGACAUGAGAAAAUUCACGCUGUGAAUGUAAUGAAAUUAGUAGAGUCUUCAGCCACAGCGCUAAUGUUCAAACAAAUGAGAGAACCCACACAGGAAUAUAAUUCUAUGUCAGUGUAAUCAGUGUGAUAAUACCUUUAUUUGUAAUUUAUCCUUAAAUAACAUGCAUGAACUAAACCUAUGUCUGUAGUGACCUGGAGGUCAUUCCAGCUAAAGCUCAGCCUAGGUGCAGGCAAGAAAAAUGUAGAGUAGUAAUAACUCCUAAAUCUGAAAACAAGACAGGAAAAUGUUUAACCAGAGGAAGAAACUCUAGGGGACCAACAAACAGUUAAUGCUGGAGAAUAUAUUAGGAGAAAAUAUUUAAUGAAAUAAACAUGAAAAACCCUUUAUUAAAUCUCAGUGUAAUGAAUGAAGGAAAUCUUUAAUGAUUUCUAAUUCCUUUAUCAGAAUGAAGGUUACCAUUCUGAAAAAAAUGUCAGUGCAAAAAUCAAGUGAAAAAAUAUUCAGUUAGUGUUCACAUCAGAAUCACCCGACUGGGAAGAAACCUCCAAUAAGAAUUCUUUACCACACAAUUCAAUCAUGAAUUCAGAAUAUGGCCUAAUUACUUAUUAUUGAGAAAUAGUUAAGAUAAAAAUGUAGGAUUGUGAAGUGAUAUAGCCAUGUUGAAUGCACACUUUGUAAAAACUAGUAAGAAAGAAUAUUAAACUUCUUCCCAAACAGAUUAAUACAUGCAAAUGCAUGUGAAGUAAAAGCUGCUGCUGAAAUUUCUGUUAUGGGUUCAGUUUCUAUGUUUUAUUCAACACCAAAUGAAAUUUUAAUUACUGGGGUGACAGAAAAUAACACUGCAUGUUAACUGAAAGGCGUAUAAUACAAGAUGAUGUGGUAUUAUGUAUUAUAUACUGUUAAUGUUUGUGUGCGUAGCAGUGAUUAAUGGAAUAACUAUAAAUAAAUAGAUAACUCAAUGAAAAAAUCCCUGAAAAACUAGAGUGGCAAAAGAAAAAUUUUAAUUACAGCAUCCUCCAGAAAAUCAACUGAAAAAACAUUCUUCUGAGCACCUAACUCAGUGGAUUUUGCCCCACCCAACUUCAGUCAACAGCAGGAUCCCUGGGACAUGCCUCGGUUUAGCAGCUGUGCAGAGGCAGUGCGGAGGAGAGAAAGAGUUCAGAUGGUUCUAAGAACACUGUGAUGCAGAAAUUGCCAACAUAUACUCAAAAAGAGAGGAUCCCAAUCAGAAUGCAGUUCUCAGCAAGUGAAUAUUAUAAGAAUAAAUGGGUGAGUUAGAAUAAAAAGAUCAUAGCUGCAUACUAAGGAACCAUGGAAAAAUCAGAAGGUUCUGAGGUGGCUUAAGUGCUCAAAGAACAUAGAAAUAUCCAACAAUAUUCCUUUCCUGAGGAAAAUCUUCUGUAAAGAUACUUCUAAUUGUAUCCCAUAGUAAAAUGUUUCUUGAGGACUGAAAAUGACUUUUUCUUUUCACUAACUUUUAAAAUUUGCAACAAUAUAUGUUUACUAAAUAGAAAAAUUUAUAAUCUCAUCACCUAGAUGAGAUUAUAAACAUUUUGUCUUCACUUAUAAACAUUCAGUUAUAAACAUUUUUGUCUUCACUUUUUUAGACUUUUUAAAAAUUCUUUCAACAAAUGCAUACUCAUGUUUAAAACAAAAACAGAAUCAUAUGGUCACAUUGUUGUAGCCUUUUUCACUAAAUAUAUCAUGAGCGUCAUUCAUUAUAAUAAAUAUAGCACUACAUCACACAUGCGAAACUUUAAAAUGGAUUUUAUAUCAAUGGAAACAGAAAUUUACAUUAUCUUGUGUUUUAUAUGCCUGAGCAUUGCAUGAUUUUGUUACAUUAAAUGUCAUUUAUAAAUGGUUUAACUUUUGUUUGUCCCUCAUUUAUUAUUUCCCUUUGUUUGGCUGAAAUAAAUCUUAAACUUUCCAAGCUGUUCAGUUGCAACUGUUCAGUUACAGCUAAAUGGUACCUCCUAAAGGCUGAGG